GAUUAGGAGCUGUUAAAUUCGGACCCAAUGUGAAAAAAGUAUCAUUGGUAUAUAGUAAAAGGAACAACAACGCUGGAGCAAGAUAUUUUAAGAAAGAAAAUUUACCUCGAAUAAUUUAUAACAAUCCGAGUUUGCCGAUUGAAGUUACUGCUUUGGAAGAAAAGGAUGUUAAACCAACUUUAACCGUAGAAUUCGGUAUUUAA